UUUGCUAUAUAUUUUUUUAAAAGAUUGGUUAUAUUUUUCAUUUUUAAUAUGCCAUCUCGAUUUUUAGCUAAGAGUUCUUCAUGAUUGGAUAUGCUUUAUAAUUGAAAACAGAGAUGAACCUGCUAGAGUAUCUCUAACCACAGAGAACCAUCUGACAUACUAAAAAUAAAAAAUAUAGCCAAACUCUUGGAAAAAAUCGCAUUUCAACCAAAUCUGUUUAUAAUUUCAGCCAACAUCCGACGAUAUUUGUCGAACUUCUACCGCCUGUAAUAAAUCUGAGGAAGAUUACACAUAAUUUAUUACCAUAUUGAACUGAUAUAUUCUAUUAUAACAAUCUUAAAUAUUAAUAAUAUACUAAUUAUAAAUUAUAACCAACCAAUAUAGUCAAUAUCAUUGAAAUAUAGUGUCUCACAGAUUCAGCAAAUUUUACGUAAUAUCUUGCAUCUAUAAUUUAGACAAAAGACUAUAACCACCUCCGUUGGAACCAACCCCGUUGGAGAUGCUGUUGUGCUCUUAUGGGCUUUGCUUGUACUCUUAUGGGAUUGACUUAUAUUGAUCGUUUAUUUUUAAAAAUAGUAACAAGAUUCUCCAUCACCUGUUAUCAUAUUAAAAUAAUAUCUUCUAUUUAUAACAAUUUGAAAUUAAUAUAUUAUUUUUAAAUUAUAACUAGAAUGAUACUGAAACAAAAUUUAUACAAUUAAAUAUUAUUUUAGCCAACUGUUAAUCUGUUAUAGAAAAAUUAUGGUCAAUCCAGUCAGAGAGGAUAUUCGUUAAUGAUUCUUUUGAGUCGGGAGAUGAGGUUAGCAAGCAUAUUUACCAGCAAUUUUCUCCCAUGGUAGAUAUGGGAUAAUUACUUGUACUUAACUAACAUGGAUAUUGGACAAGUACAUAUACUAAACCAUAAAAAAAAUCAGCAUUGUAAUUUAAGAAAUAUAUGACCAUAGACCAACAUAUAUAAAAAAAAAAGAAUCUUUGAACAAUUAACACUAACAAAUCACAUUAUACAUGACAAAAUACAUUGCCUUAAUUUUUUGCAAAGUAAAUCAAAGAAGCAAAUCAAAAAGAAAAGGGAAAGAAGUGUACCAAAUCUCAUGCACCACUAGAGUGUAGCCCUUUAUUCAUCAAGAUUAUGUUAGAAUCUUGAGCAAACAAAACUUCUAACCUAUAGAAUACACUUACAUAUAGGUAGAGUUAGUAAUCACUUUAUAAGUUUCAACUUGUUGAACAAAAUAUUUUCCAAAUUUAUGAAACCUUAAUGAAUAUUCCUGCAUUCUUGUCUUGAAACUCUAAGAUCUUUGCUUUUGCUAAAGACAAAGUGUUUCCAUGUUCUAAUACUUGCUAUUUCUAAAGAAGAUCAGCCAUGCAACCUCAAUAUAACCCAUUCAAUGUUGUACAUUUUCACCAUCAUUUAAAAACACAGAGAGAGACACUAGUAUACAGCUCAGAAACAAUGACAGAAGUUUUCAUGAAUGCGAAAAGCAAGAAGUUAUCGGUUUUGAUGUUUCCAUGGCUUGCGCAUGGACACUUGUCUCCGUUCCUAGAGCUCGGGAGAAAACUAAGCAAGAGGAAUUUCAGUGUGCACUUGUGUUCUACUCCUGCGAAUCUGAGUUCCAUCAGGAAAAGAAUGGGGGAAGAGUCGUCGAUCCAGCUAGUACAACUUGAUCUUCCAAGUUUGCCGAAUCUUCCCCCUUGUUGGCACACGACGAAUGGGCUCCCCCCUCAUCUCAUGGACACUCUCAAAAGUGCUUUUGACAUGGCGAAACCUGGUUUUUCUAAAAUACUAGAGACGGUGAAGCCAGAUUUGCUUAUAUAUGAUUUUCUCAGGCCAUGGCCAGCACAGGCUGCAGUUGAUCUACGUAUCCCGGCUGUCCAGUUCAUAGCAACAAGUGCCACCAUGACUUCUUUUAUGCUUCAUACUUUCAAGUAUCCGAGUAUAGACUAUCCUUUCUCAACUAUUUUCUAUCGUGAAUAUGAGAAAGCUCAAGUGAGCAGAUCAGGAGAAUGUGACGAACUUCACAAAGCUAUUGAAAGCCUUGAGAUGUCUGAUACAGUAAUUUUAAUCAAAGGUAUCAAAGAGAUGGAAGGAAAUUUCAGUGAUUAUCUAUCUACAAUGUCUGGGAAAAAAAUUGUGCAUGUCGGUGCGCUGGUUCAAGAUCCUAUCAGAAAAGAUGAUUCCGACAUCAUCCAAUGGCUGAACAAGAAGAAAAAAUACUCCACCAUAUUCAUUUCUUUUGGCAGCGAGUACUUUUUGUCAGAAGAAGAUUUUAAAGAAUUAGCUCAUGGUUUAAUGUUGAGUAAUGUUAAUUUCAUAUGGGUUGUGAGGUUUCCAGUUGGUGAGAUUAUUAGGGUUGAAGACAAACUGCCAGCAGGGUUUCAUAAGAAAGUUGGAGCGAGAGGGCUAAUUGUUGAGGGAUGGGCACCACAGGCUAACAUUUUAGGGCAUUCAAGUAUUGGAGGUUUCGUUAGUCACUGUGGGUGGAACUCUGUGAAUGAAAGCAUGUAUUUUGGCGUUCCUAUCAUCGCCAUGCCCAUGCAUCUAGACCAACCUAUAAAUGCUAGAUUAGUGAAGGACUUUGGCACGGGAAUUGAGGUAUUGAGGGAUGAAAAUGGACGAGUCAAAAGAGAGAAGAUUGCCUCUGUCAUCAAACAGGUUGUUGCUACGAGAAAUGGAAGGAUUAUGAGGAAGAAAGCAAAGGAAUUGGGUGCUAGCAUAAGGCAAAAAGGAGAUGAGGAGAUUGAUGAAGUGGUGAAGGAAUUGAUGCAGCUUAGCUUGUUUAAGAAAGCAGAAAUUGAGAUAGAUGAAGUGGUCAGAGAACUGAGUAGGCCAUAAUCUUGAUUAAAGCUUCUGACCAUUUGGUUAAUUAGGGCCAUCCCUGAUUAGAUAAAUAA